AUGGCUUCAACUUCCCGGGCACUGGCCCCCUUCGGCCGAACAAGCCAAUUGGCAUUAUUCUCCCGUGUCGCGUCCAGAACAUACUCUACGACAGCAAGAAAUCAUGCCCUGCGAUCUGCUGCGAGGCCGACAGCCGCCGUCUCAAAGUUGGGACCUUCGACCAGAGUCGCAUUCCGCAGGGCAUACGCCAACCAAGCCCCAAAACCCAAGCCUAGCAGACUACGCAGAACUUUCAGGUGGGCAUGGCGACUUACAUAUCUCUCUGCCGCCGGCCUCGUUGGCUACACUUUCUACAUCGUCUAUCAGGAUCGUCAUCCCGAGCCGCAGUUUGAACCCGAUCCAACCAAGAAGACCUUGGUCAUUCUAGGAACUGGUUGGGGCUCAGUCGCCCUUCUCAAAAAGCUGGAUACUGAAAACUACAAUGUCGUUGUUGUGUCGCCUCGGAACUACUUCCUAUUCACGCCUCUCCUUCCCUCAUGUACUACCGGUACCAUUGAACACAGGUCCAUUAUGGAGCCCGUUCGAGCCAUUUUGCGACAUAAGAAAGCAGCCGUCAAGUUUUACGAGGCAGAAGCAUCCUCCAUCGAUCCUGAUCGAAAGGUGAUCAAAGUCGUCGAUAACUCAGAAAUCAAGGGCGCAACCUCCGAGACCGAGAUUCCCUACGAUAUGCUCGUUAUUGGUGUCGGCGCUGAAAACGCAACCUUUGGUAUUCCCGGUGUGCGAGAACAUAGCUGUUUCCUCAAAGAAAUUGGCGAUGCUCAGCAGAUCCGCAAGAAGAUCAUGGACUGUGUCGAAACUGCCGCCUUCAAGGGCCAGACCAGCGAAGAGAUUGACAGGCUGAUGCAUAUGGUUGUCGUCGGUGGUGGGCCCACCGGUGUCGAGUUUGCUGGUGAGCUUCAGGACUUCUUUGAAGAGGACAUCAAAAAGCUUGUGCCGGAAAUCAGUCCACGCUUCAAGGUCACCCUGAUCGAAGCCCUUCCCAAUGUUCUUCCCUCCUUCUCUAAGCAGCUGAUUGACUACACCGAGAACACCCUCCGCGAAGAGAAGAUUGACAUCAAGACAAAGACAAUGGUCAAGAACGUCACCGAGACGACGGUCGAGGCUGAAGUGAGCCGCCCCGAUGGCGGCAAGGAACGUGUUGUCAUCCCUUACGGUCUUCUGGUCUGGGCCACGGGCAACGCUGUUCGACCAAUUAUCAAGGACUUGAUGACCAAGAUUCCUGCCCAAAAGGAUUCACGCCGUGGCUUGGCUGUCAACGAGUACCUCGUGGUCCAGGGCACCCGCGAUAUCUGGGCCAUUGGUGACUGUGCUGUCGCUGGGUAUGCUCCGACCGCCCAGGUUGCAUCUCAGGAGGGCAACUUCCUCGGUCGCCUAUUCAACAACAUGGCCAAGACUGAGAACCACGAGUCGCGCAUCCAGGAGCUGAGUAGCAAGAUGAAUCUGCAGAGCGGCAACUCCGCCGAGGCCGCACAGGAGAUUGAGGGCCUGGAGAAACAACUGCGCAGAAUCAAAGACAUCAAGCCUUUUAGAUACAGUCACCAGGGCAGCCUAGCCUACAUUGGUAGCGAAAAGGCAGUUGCCGAUGUCAGCUGGUGGAACGGAAACCUGGCCACUGGCGGCAGUAUGACCUAUCUCUUCUGGCGCAGUGCCUACCUCUCCAUGUGCUUUAGCACUCGCAAUCGUGUCUUGGUCAUUCUGGAUUGGCUCAAAUCCAAGGCAUUCGGUCGCGAUGUGUCACGGGAGUAG